AUGGCUAUUGGGAAGAAUAAACGUAUCUCUAAGGGUAGGAAGGGAGGUCGCAAGAAGAUAGUUGAUCCCUUGUGUCGUAAGGAGUUCUACGAUCUACGUGCUCCAAGUAUAUUUAAAGUUAGGAAUUUUGGUACUACUAUUGCUUCUAAGAAUCAAGGUACUAAAUUAGCUGUAGAUUCUUUGAGACAUAGAGUCUAUGAAGUUAGCUUAGCUGAUUUGAAUAAUGAUGAGGACCAAGCCUUUCGUAAAAUUAAGUUGCAAUGUGAGGAUACUCAAGGUAGAACUUGCUUAACUGAAUUUUAUGGAAUGGAUAUGACUCGUGAUAAGUUGUGCUCUUUAAUUAGGAAAUAUCAGACUUUGAUUGAAGCUCAUUGCAAUGUGAAGACCUCUGAUGGUUAUGUCUUAAGACUAUUUUGCAUUGCAUUUACAAGGAGAAUGGCAGAUCAAGUAAAAUCUACAUGUUAUGCCCAGACUUCCCAGAUUCGUCAGAUUAGAAGAAAGAUGGUUGAAAUUAUUACAGCUGAGGCUGAAGGCACUAAUUUGAGGGAUUUAGUUAGGAAAUUUAUUCCAGAGUCCAUUGGAAAGGAGAUUGAAAAAGUCUGUAGACAUAUAUUCCCUCUACAACACGUAUUCAUUAGAAAGGUCAAGGUGUUAUCUAAACCAUCAUUUGAUGUGUUUCGUUUAAUGGAAAGUCAUGUUGGAAUAGAUGGAACUGAAGAAAAGGGUUCAAAAGUUAUCUCAGAGUCUACCCAGGCCACUAAUCUGCUGACAGCUGAGUUGAGAUCCUAA